ACUAAACAGUUGCACUCGUCUCGUGGUUAGUCGCGGAAAGUGUAAUUUACGAUCCUACGGAGUGUUUGUUUAAUUAAUAAACAGUAAAAACCGUAGUAAGCAAAAAUGGCUAAUCCUGCUCUAAGAGAUAUGGUAGAAGAAGAUGCGGCAGCGUUAGUGUUCCCAAAAGAGUUCGAGAAUGCAGAAACGCUGCUGAUCAGCGAGGUGCACAUGCUGCUGGAGCACCGGAAGGCACAGAACGAAAGUGCUGAGGAGGAGCAGGAAUUCUCAGAGGUGUUUGUCAAGACGCUGGGCUACACCAAUCGCUUUCGAAAGUUCAAGAACAAGGACACAAUUGCCGCUGUACGUAGUCUGCUGGCACAAAAGAAGCUGCACAAAUUUGAACUGGCUUCGUUGGCGAACCUGUGUCCGGAGAACCCCGAAGAAGCAAAGUCGCUGAUUCCGAGCCUGGAAGGGAGAUUUGAAGACGAGGAGCUGCGACAGAUCCUGGAAGACAUCCAGACGAAGAGGAGCCUCCAGUACUGAUGAUUGUGCACUGUGCACUGCAUGUGUUUGGUGCGUGGCUGCCGGCAACGAGUCGCACAUAUGUAUCGUUGUAGGGGAUGAUUGUUCUUUUAAGCAAAGUUUUCUGUGUUGUUUAUAUUCUUUGUUAGGGUUUUUCUGGCAUUUGUUUAAUCGACUUGUAAGUUAUUUUGCCACACAAGUGUGAUUUCAGUUAUUACUGUCAUUCAUUGCAUUUAAAAAAUGGGUCAGCAGAAGUUAGUCUGUAUAAUUACUCCAACUGACUUCCCUUAUUUUGUUACAAAACAGUGAAAUAAUUGAUCAAUAAAUGAACAGACUACUGGAAACUUAAAUUCAAGAAUAGAACAGUAGUCACAUCAGGAUAGUUAGUAAUAGAAACACGCAACUUCCGCAGUUUCUCAAUUUUUACCUGUAUUUAACACAUUUGUGAUGGCAAUGUGAUAUUGACUGGAAUAUUGUGUGCAUAGAGGAACUUUUAUUUUGUAAAAACUGACAUUCCAGAAACAAGGGAUUGUGCUGCUGCA